AGCGCGGCUGAGCUCGCGCUAGCGAUGCGGGCGUGGCGCUGCGUGCUGGCGGCGGCCGUGCUCGGCCUGACCGCCGGCAUCGUGCUGGACGGUUCGAAGCACUCGUUCGCCCAGUACCCCAAGUGGCGGCCGGGGCUGAACGGCUCGCUGCAGUUCGAGUUCCGGACGACGCAGCCGAACGGCCUACUCGUGUUCACGGACGACGGCGGCCGCAACGACUUCUUCGAGGUCAAGCUGGUCGAGGGCUCGCUGCGGCUACGGUACAAUCUCGGCGACGGCGCCCAGAUGCUCGGUUUGGGCCGCGGACUCAACGACGGCCGCUGGCACCGCGUGACGGUGACGCGUCGCCACGCGCGCACCACCCUCACUGUCGACCACAUCUCGGAGGACAAAGUGGCCGGGCCCGGCGGCGAGUACCGGUUCGGCACGCUCGACACCAACUCGCACGUGUUCGUGGGCGGCCUGCCGCACUCGUUCCGCGUCACCCAGGUGGCGCUGCCCGGUGUCGUGUUCGAGCCGCGCCUGGCCGGCGAGGUGCGCAACCUCGUCUACACCAGCGUCGACGGCGUGGAGCGCCGGCAGGACAUGACUGCGUUCAAGGGUGUGCGCUGGAACGGGGUGGACGCGUGCGCCCAGCACGACCCGUGCCAGCACGGCGGUAUAUGCAUCAGCACGGACACGGGCGCCGCGUGCGAGUGUCGCAACCUCGACUUCCGCGGCGCGUUCUGCGAGAAAGAGAAGCCGCCGUCGGAGGCGACGUUCCGCGGCAAUGAGUACAUGACGUACGACCUGACGAAGACGGGCGGCGAGGCCAUCGCCAGCACCAGUGACAACCUCUCCAUGUUCUUCAAGACCCGAGAGCCCAACGGCCUGCUCUUCUACACAGGAGACGGAGACGACUACAUGACGCUGGGCCUGAAGGACGGCUGGAUCAGCCUGGCAGUCAGUCUGGGCAGCGGAGCUCUGCGCUCCCAGGUUCGUCCGGGACGUGUCCGCUUCCACGACGACCAGUGGCACAAAGUGACCGUCAACAGGAGGGUCAAGGAGCUGGUUGACUCUGGGCACAGCGUUUGCUAUGUGUCCAUCAACGUGGACGGCGUGUACACGGAGCGGGGCACCACGUCCGGGCCCUUCACGCUGCUUACCUCGUCCCGGCUGUUCGUGGCCGGCAGCGACGACACCUCACAGCUACCCGGCAGUCAGACCAGCCACAACUUCGUCGGCUGCCUCAGGAAGGUGGAGUACACGGCUGACUCGCUGCACCUGGACCUGAUCGAGCUGAGCCGGACCGGUAACAAGCUGAUGGCCGUGCGGGGCAGGGUGCAGUACAUGUGCCAGACGAUCGAGGCCGCCGACCCCGUCUCCUUCGCCUCACGUGGCUCCUACCUGGAGGACAGUAAGUCGGUGCCAAUCAGUCUGCUCACGUCCGAGGCGAACCUGGUCCUCCCCUCCUGGGUGGCACCAAGAACAGGGUCCAUCUCGUUCAAGAUCCGCACCAACGAGGAAGAUGGCCUGAUCCUCUUCAACAAGGGCAGCCAUGAAAUGGAUGACAUGUUCGCGGUCGAGCUGCUGGCCGGGAAUGUGUGGGUGCACGUGGACCUGGGCUCGGGCGCCGUGCGCGUGCGCGCCACCAACCGGCGUGUGGACGACGGCCUCUGGCACGACGUGGCCGUCAUCCGCGACGGCAGGAAGGGCCGCGUCACCGUCGACGGCACCGCCUUCGACUUCGCCACGCCCGGCAGCCACAACCGGCUGGACCUGGAGGGCGCCCUGUACGUGGGCGGGCUGGGCGCGGACCACGACCGGGUGCGUGUGCCGGCCCAGGUGUGGUCCGGCACGCGCCGGCUCGGCUACGUCGGCUGCCUGCGCGACCUCGUCAUCAACGGCAGCGUCAUCGACGUGGCCAAGUACGCCCGCCGCCAAGACAGCGGUGGCUCUGUGCUGACCGAGUGUCACUCGGGCCCGCCGCAGUGCGACUCGCAGCCCUGCAUGAACGGCGGCCAGUGCUCUGACGGCUGGAACAGGUUCAUCUGUGACUGCACUAUGACCAGCUUUACCGGGGGCACGUGCACCGAAGAUGCCACCACCGUGAGCUUCGACGGCACGCAGCACAUGAUCGUGCCGCUGCACAGCGAGCAGUACACCGAGGCCGACGACAUCACCCUGCGCUUCAGGACCAGCCGACCCUCAGGUCUGCUGUUCGCCACCACCGCGGGCAACUCGGACCGUGUGGAGCUGGCCCUCAACGGCGGCCGGAUCCGCCUUACAAUGCGCAUUGACGACACGUACAAGCAAAUCCACGCGGGCCAGACGCUCAACGACAACCAGUGGCACCGAGUGGCUGUCAAGCGGCGACACAGGGACAUCGAAACCACCAUCGACAACGAGCGCCCCCUGAACGAGAACCUCGAGGCGGGCAUCUCCACGUUGCGCACCAAGUUCCUCUACAUCGGCGCCGUGUCGCCGUCGGCAUCGGGCGCGUUCGGCGCCCCCAACCUAGUCGGCCAGCUGCAGCACUUCUACCUGAACGGGCAGCCGGUGCUGGAGCUGGUGCGCCAGGGCCGGCUCAACGACACGCAGGGCUCGGCGCGCUUCGGCCGGCGCCAGCUGACGCCGGUGCGGCCCGUCACCUUCCAGUCGCGCUACUCAUUUGUGGCGCUGCGCCAGCUGCGCGCCUACGCGACGGUCAGCGUGCACUUCCAGUUCCGCACGCUGGAGCCCAGCGGCCUGCUGCUGUACAACGGCGGCAGCGGCCAGGACUUCCUCGCCGUCGAGCUGGUCGGCGGCCACCUGUUCUACGUGUUCAACCUGGGGGAUGGCGCCGUCACGGUGCGCGACAACCGGCACAGCACGCUCAACGACAACAGCUGGCACUCGGUGACGAUCGGCCGGCCCAACGCGCGCACGCACACGCUGAUGGUGGACGAGCACACGGCCACCGUCAGCAGCAUGGGCCUGAACGAGAACCUCGACCUGCAGGGUCCGCUCUACGUCGGCGGUGUUCCGGACGAGCUGUACGGCCGGCUGCCGGCCAAGAUCCAGUCCCGGUUCGGCUACAAGGGCUGCCUGGCCAGCCUGCUGGUGGGCGGCGGCGAGACGCCCGACCUCGUGCGCUACCCGGUCAUCCCCAGCAGCUCGGUGGUGGCCGGCUGCGUCGGGCCGGACUCGCGCUGUUCACCGGAAUCGUGCAGGAACGGAGGCAUCUGCAAGCAGGACUGGAACUCGUACACGUGCGACUGUACGCUCACGUCGUUCGUCGGGUCCCGCUGCACGGACGAGUCGGUGAGCUACGAGUUCGGCUCGAGCGGCGGCCAGAUCGAAUACGAGUACGAGCGGGACCGGCGGCCGGACCGCCGCACCGACCUGGUCGCCGUCGGCUUCAGCACCUCCAAACCGGACGGCACCCUGCUCCGCAUCGACUCCGAGACGCACGACGACUUCCUCGAGAUCAAACUGAUCGAGAGCAACGUUUACAUGGUAUACGACGUGGGUUCGGACACCCUCUCGAUAUCCGACUUGGGGGUCCGCGUGGACGACGGACGAUAUCACGUGGUGCGUGUCACCCGCAACGGCCCCAACUCUACCCUGCAGCUCGACAGCCGUCCCGUACAGACGAAACACCCACGAGGUCAUCAGCACGACGUUUUCCACGCGCCGUCGCUGGUGACGGUGGGCGGCGGCCGCGGCGGUCGCGGCGGCGGCGCGCGCCGCUUCGAGGGCUUCAUCUCCGGCGUGGUCGUCAACGGCCACCGCGUGCUCGACUUGGCCGCCGACAACGACGAAGACGUGCGCAUGGGCGGCGAGCUGAGCAUCCGGGCGCUGCCCUCCAGGCUCAAGAAGGAGUACUUCCGGCGCAGCGGCGUGCAGGCGGCGGCAGGCAUACCAGGACCGUCUCCGGGCAUUAACGACGACCUGAUUUACUCCGGCGCCGGGUCCGGCUGCGGCGAGACCGACGACCAGGAGCAGUGCUUCCCCGUCUUCAACUCGGACACAAAUGAUGACCUGGUGACCCCGGUGUUCAUUCGACCGACCAACCCGCCCCGGCCGCGGCGGCCCGGCCACGGCAAGCCGUGUGACGACGAGGACUGUCUGCCCGGGUCGGGUCACGCUCCGGACGACGAUCUCUCGCGACACCGAGGCCCGGAUCGCCCCUCGCCGCGCACCACCACGACCGACCCGGGCGAGUACGUGGCCAUGAUCAUCGGCAUCAUCGCCGGCGCGCUCAUCGUCAUCAUCGUCUGUAUCCUGAUCGUGUUGAAGGUGCAGGGGCGCGCCGAGCGCCGCUACAAGAUGGACGAGAGUAAGGCGUACCUGGGCGCGCGUGGCAGCUCGCCGACGCCGCCGCUGCUGCCCAAGAAAAACAGAGACGUGAAGGAGUGGUACGUGUAA